CAAGUCUUCAUGCCGCGGCCGAAGCGCGAGGCCGCCCAGAAGGCGUGCGACUUUCUGAACUCUCUGCAAUCCGAGGACAAGGAUGUGGCGCACCUCCCCUGCGUCGGCGGCGGCGGCGGCGGCGGCGGCGGCGGCGGCGGCGGCGGCGGCGGCGCGAGGAAGCGGGCUCGGAAGGGCGCGGCAGCGGCGGAGGGAUCGCGGUCUCGCAGCGCGACGGCAGACUACUCCGAGGCCUUCAAGCGGCUGGUCAUAGCGCACGCCCUGCAGCUGCACAAGAGCAGACGGAUCAUGCCGACGUGCGACAAGUUCUCGACGGCCGGCCGCACGCUGUACCCUAAGCAAAUCAGGCGCUGGCUCAACGACCGCGGGCUGAUGGUCGAUGUCUUCAGCGCGCUGCAGGGCGCUGGGCUCUCGCUGGCCGACGACGUCGAGGCGACGCUCUCCGCUGCCGAUGGAGGGGCCGACAGGCGGCGCUGGGCGGCCCAGCGUUCGCGUCUCGGCCACACCCGGGCCGCGGCAGCUCUCGAGUGAAGCCUCGAUCGCGGCGGCGGAGGCGGCGGGCGAGGCCUUCAAGGUGAGACUGCGGCACCUCUCGAGAGAAGCCUCGAUCGCGGCGGCGGAGGCGGCGGGCCAGGCCUACAAGGUGAUGCCGCACAAGCUCUCGAGAGAAGGGUCGAUCGCGGCGGCGGAGGCGGAGGGCCAGGCCUUCAAGGUGAUGCCGCGGCAGCUCUCGAGAGAACGGUCGAUCGCGGCGGCGGAGGCGGCGGGCCAGGCCUACAAGGUGAUGCCGCACGUCUUCUUCUCCGCACACAAGGUCGCGGCGGCGCGAGAACUGGGCCAGCUGGCGGUGGAGGCGAGCCAAGAGCAGAUCGACUACGCCCGGCGGCGCUCGGCCGCGCUCUCGGCGUUUUUGGUCGAGCGAGACGUCGCGAACCUGGCCGCGCGCGGCGAGAGCAUCGACGUGUCGUUGAGCUGUGCGCGCGCGUCGAGGCGCGCCAGUCGCAGAACUUUGACGUCGCCCGCCACUUCCUCGAGCUCGGGCGCGGCUCCCCCUCCUCGGCCCGUGCGCGCGGUGUACGUGUACGUGGCGGGGAAGCCCCGCGCGCGGCCGACGGAGCGACCGUUCGACCCGCCGCUCGUCAUCAACGGCCGCCAGGUCGUCGAGAUGAUCGGCACGCCGCCCGACGGUUUCUCAAACGACGAGAGCCAGCGCUGGAUGGUGGCGCAGCAGAACCCGACGUGGGUCGCUCCCAGCGGCCUCAACGUGGACCGGCAGCAGAUGUCCAAACUCUUCAUGGACGUCCCGCUCGGCGAGUUCGAGACCGCCUUCGAGGCCAACCUCGAGGAGGGCCACGUGACGCGGCUGCUGCAGAUGGACACCUUCAACGGCGUGGACUGCACCGUCUGGCGGCAUCUACUGGGCAACCAAAAGUUCGGCUGCCUGGACGGCACGCGGUACACGGGGCGCGCCGUUGUCCGCCUCGCAGUGAGCCGCCAGCCACUCGACCAGCUCUCGCUCGUCCGCGCUGUGCCGCCGCUCUCGUCGAGCAGCAUGCUGCGCCCGCUCACCCAGAAGGUCCGCGAGGGCGAGGCGGUGCGCGCCGCCGUGGAGGCUGAGCAGCCCGAGCUGGCGGCCAAGCUGCGCGCCGACAUGCGCGAGGCGGCUCGACUCGAGCGCUGCCGCCACACGGUCGCGCUCGAGGAGAUGCUCGCGUCGAUCGAGGGCGGCCUCGCCUACUGUGCGCUCGCUGUCUGCCGCUCCGCCGAGGGGGACGUGCACAAGAACCGUCGCGCGGGUGUGAUCUCGUCGUGCUACAUCGAGGUGAUGCUCACGCGCGACGGCAAGCUCAUCACGCGCAACGGCCGCAUCUCGGUGGGGGAGCAGGAGCCGUGCAAGGAGGAGGAGGAGGCGCUGCUGCUGCAGGAGGAGAUGGACGCGGAGGAGAUCGAGGCGGCGGAGGCGGCGGAGGUGGCGGUCACGGCGGCGGUGGCGGCCACGGUGGCGGCCACGGCGCCGGCGCCGGCGCCGGGCGCGGUGGUCGUGACGCCGCCCUCGCUGCCGGCGCACUACAGAUUCUCGCCGGGCAAGUUCACGAUGUUCGGCGACAUUUGGACUGGCGACCGGCACGCGGUGGGCUUGGGGAAGGCGAAAGGGUUGAUGCUGCGGCAGCUGCAGCGCGGCUAUCGAGCCGUGUCGUGAGUGCGCCGAUGCCGGCACAGUCUCCUACCCCUCGCCCCCGUGGCAGAAGCACCCGGGUGGUCCGAGGGGUGCUAGAGCCCAGCGUCGGAGACGACCGCACGCGCACGAGAUUGAGCAGCUCAGAGCGAGCCGCGAGCAGCGAGAGAGAGUGCGAGACUGCGAGCGCGCGCGGGUCGCGACGGCCCGAGACAGCAGAGUGUGGUGACAUUCGUACCUUUGGGACUCGAUUUGGGACUCGAUGUGGGAUUCUAAGAUACCGCCAGGAAAUUCUU